AUGUCAAGAGCAUCUACGCCUGCGCUCCCUCUAUAUCACGCGUCCGCAGUCCUACCAGAGCAUCCAGAGUCCCACAAUGCCUUACACCCGCCACCAGCGCAGGCUCGGCGCCGCUCAGCGCCCUCAUCGUUGACAUCCUCCUACUCCAUCCUCACGCCUAGCGAGACUGCGCACCGCCUCUCAACCUCCCUAACCCAUGGGCUCUCGCCAGCAGGGGCAUCCGCAAGGAUUCACCAGUAUGGCACAAACGAACUCCCCCACGAAGACCCGGAGCCUCUGUGGCUGCGCUUCCUCAAGCAGUUUAAGGAGACACUCAUUCUGCUUCUCCUCGGGUCUGCUGCUGUAUCCUUUCUCAUGGGAAAUCUGGAAGACGCCAUCAGCAUAACUGCUGCCGUCACAAUCGUCGUCUCGGUGGGCUUCGUCCAGGAAUAUAGAUCAGAAAAGUCUUUGGAAGCUUUGAGCCAGCUUGUCCCUCACUCUGCCCAUGUCAUCCGAGGUGGAACCACACAUGCGCGAGAACAUGCAAUUGCAGACAAUGGUCCUGUCGCUAUAGAGUUAGAAGAUGUGAAAGACAAUGCUGUUUCGCUGGAAGCCGCAGAACGAACAUCAACAACCCUCUCUGCUACCCUACUAGUGCCCGGCGACCUCGUCCUGUUCCACACCGGAGACCGGAUCCCAGCUGACAUUCGCAUUACCCACGCGGCAGACCUCUCGAUUGACGAGUCGAAUUUGACCGGCGAGAACGAACCUGUGACGAAAGCACCAGAUACCAUUUCCUCCCCUUCGUCCUCUAUGGGCCAAUCUCGCCCACAUUCUCCUUUCUACGCAUCACCUGCAGCAGGCACUGUAGGAACGGAUAUUCGCCUCAAUGAUCAAACCAACAUCGCAUUCAUGGGUACGCUUGUGCGUUCUGGCUACGGACAGGGUGUUGUUAUUGGCACAGGAGCAAACACUGAAUUCGGAGCUAUAUCCGCUUCUCUCCAGGAGAUCGAAAGCCCUCGCACGCCCCUACAACUCUCAAUGGAUAGGCUUGGUAAAGAGCUAAGCUAUAUGUCCUUCGGUGUAAUCGGCUUCAUCAUGCUUCUCGGGCUGUGGCGUGGCUGGGAAUUUUUAGAGAUGUUUCAAAUCGGGGUAUCGCUUGCUGUAGCUGCGAUCCCGGAAGGACUGCCCAUCAUCGUUACGGUGACCCUGGCCUUGGGCGUUUUGCGGAUGUCCAAGAGAGAUGCCAUUGUCCGGCGACUUCCCAGCGUGGAAACUUUGGGGUCAGUGAACGUAGUGUGUAGUGACAAGACUGGCACUUUGACAACCAACCACAUGACUGUCACCAAAUUAUGGCACUUCGACGAGCCUGCGCCAGUCGACGUCGUCAAGAAACAUGGCUCUGCCACUCUCGACCCUGCGACACGUAUUAUCCUACGUGUAGGCAACAUUGUAAACAACGCGCGUCUUCUCGGAGCUCACGCAGAUUCCCAUGCGACCGCAUCUUCUGCAGCUGUUUUGUCGUCUACCAUGGGAGACGAUUCCUCCAUCUCCAAAAGCCGUUGGGUAGGCCAACCUACAGACGUCGCUCUGUUGGAUCUGUUAGACGCGUUUGGUGAAGACGAUGUUAGGGAAAGAAUCGGUAGUCGCCGCAAUGAGACGCCUUUCAGCUCGGAGCGAAAAUGGAUGGGUGUGGUUAUACAAGGCAGCUUAGGAACAGAACUUAACGCUGGGUCAGAUGUCGCUUACAUCAAAGGCGCUCUCGAGAAAGUGCUGGAUCGAUGUGAUACGUAUAUCACCGCACAAGGCCGAGAGGUUAUUCUCGACGAUCCUAGACGACAAGAAGCAUUGAAUGCUGCAGAAGCCAUGGCGCAGGAUGGACUUAGAGUUCUUGGUUUCGCGAGCGGAUCAUCGCGCGAAGGGCGCAAAUCUGGACUACAGACGCCGCAUAGGAACCAAGGUGGCAGCGCCUCGCCGGGUCAUGCGUCCGAACGAAGUCCAAAACAUGUCACAAACCCACAUGACGACGAAGCUUUCUGUGGAUUAGCGUUUGCUGGCCUAGUGGGUAUGAAUGACCCUCCACGCAAGGGUGUGGACAGGUCAAUUCGGCGGCUCAUGGCGGGACGAGUCAAGGUUAUCAUGAUCACCGGGGAUGCGGAGACCACCGCAGUAGCAAUUGGGAGGAAGCUGGGCAUGCCAAUCACGAUGAAUUCUGCCAUUGGCCGCUCUGUAAUAAAUGGAGACGAACUGGACCGAAUGAGUGAGGAAGAACUCUCGCACGCAAUUGCCACAACAUCGAUUUUUGCGCGAACGAGCCCGGAACACAAACUAAAAAUUGUUCGCGCGCUCCAGUCACGCGGAGACGUAGUCGCCAUGACUGGGGACGGAGUCAACGAUGCACCGGCAUUGAAGAAAGCCGAUAUUGGGAUCUCUAUGGGUCGAUUAGGAACGGAUGUUGCGAAAGAAGCAGCGGAUAUGAUCUUGACCGACGACGAUUUCUCAACGAUUUUGAGUGCCAUCGAAGAAGGGAAAGGCAUCUUUUACAACAUUCAGAACUUCUUAACCUUCCAGCUGAGCACCAGUGCGGCUGCCCUCAGCCUAGUACUUCUCAGUACUUUCCUUGGAUUCCAGAACCCCCUGAACGCCAUGCAAAUCUUGUGGAUAAAUAUUCUCAUGGACGGCCCUCCUGCACAAUCUCUAGGAGUAGAGCCAGUAGAUCCGGCAGUGAUGACUCGUCCACCUCGCGCCAGAAACGCUCGCGUAUUGACCCGACCUCUUCUUCAACGAGUCCUACAAUCAGCGUCGAUCAUCAUGCUCGGCACCCUGAUGAUAUACUACCGCGAGAUGACUUCGGAUGGCGAAGUCACUGCUCGCGACACCACUAUGACCUUUACCUGCUUCGUCUUAUUCGAUAUGUUCAACGCCCUGACGUGCCGCUCCGAAGGCAAAUCAGUCCUGACUGGCGAAAUUGGGCUUUUCUCCAACAAAAUGUUUAACUAUGCCGUAGCAGGCAGCCUUCUUGGACAAUUGGCUGUGGUUUACCUGCCUUUAUUGCAGAGUAUAUUCCAAACAGAAGCUCUCAGCUUCUUGGACCUUAUUCAUCUUUUAGCAGUGGCUAGCUGCGUGUUCUGGGCAGAUGAAGCUAGAAAAUACUAUCAUCGCUGGAAACGGGGCCGUGGAUUAGCUGGGUAUAGCGGUAGUGUAUGA